AUGCCUGAUCUGAUGGCUUCCCUCUACAUGCUAAUCUGUGGGCUCCUUCUCUCCUCUUCCCUGCACACCCCUCCUGCCGCAAUGGCACAUGGUAGUGAUAGUCUCUCGGUAGGCCAGACGCUUGUCGUUGGCGAGAAGCUCAUAUCAAGAAAUGGCAAGUUUGCACUUGGCUUCUUCCAGUUCCAGCCAGCUCCAGGGACCAGCUUCAGUAAGUCCACCUUGUCCUCCCUUGGCUGGUAUCUUGGCAUAUGGUUCAACAAGAUCCCGGUCUUUACCCCUGUAUGGAUUGCUAAUAGGGAGAAGCCCAUCACGUAUCCUGAGCUAAAAAUCUCAAGGGAUGGCAAUCUCAUCGUCGCCAUCUUAAACAGUAAUGCCAGCACUGUUGAGUCCAUACUUUGGUCCACUGCUCACUUUGUUGUCAAUAGGUCGACAGCAGAAACCAGCACAAACACUACUAGUACCGCCGCUGCCGCUGCCGCUGCCGUUCUCAUGGACAAUGGAAACCUUGCCCUCAUAGCGGCAGGAAGCUCAUCAUCUAAUGGAACAUCCUUGUGGCAGAGCUUUGACUACCCAACAGAUGUUGGGCUUCCCGGCGCCAAGUUAGGCCGGAACAAGGUCACUGGUCUAAAUCGCCGGUUCAUCUCAAAGAAGAACCUCAUUGAUCCAGGCCUUGGCUCAUACAUCCUUGAACUAGACUCCAAUGGGGUGUUGUCCCAUAGGCGCCGGAAGCCCCCUUUUGUAGUGUAUUUGUCUUGGUCAUCUGGAAAAUUGGCGUAUACACUUGUACAUACAUUCAAUGGGCUGCUACACUCGGAUGCAUGGACCAAAGGUUUGCUCGUACCCAAAUAUGUCAACAACCAUGAGGAGGAGUACUUCACGUAUGAAUCACUGGAUGAGUUGUCUUCCACAUUCGUCUCAAUAGAUGUCUCUGGCCAGAUUAAGCUGAAUAUUUGGUCACAGGAAAAACAUUCCUGGCAAACCGUAUAUGCCCAGCCUGCUGAUCCCUGCAGUCUGCCUGCUGUAUGUGGACCUUUCACGGUCUGUGAUGGCAACGCAAGCCCAUUAUUUUGUAGCUGUAUGGAGAGCUUCUCUCCCAAUUCACCUCUUGACUGGGAAGCCGGAAAUCCAACUGGAGGGUGCGUCAGAAGUAUUCCCCUAGAAUGCACAGCCAGUAACAACAAUAAAAACAUGGCAAGUUCUUCAUCAGACAUGUUUCAUACCAUAGCUCGAGUUACAUAUCCUCGUUACCCUCAUAGCAUGAAAGAUGCUACGACCCAGAGAGAAUGUGCUGAAGCUUGUCUUGGUAACUGCUCCUGCACCGCUUAUUCCUACAACAACAACAAAUGCUCUGUCUGGUAUGGUGAACUGCUUAGUGUAAAUCGGAAUGAUGGCAUCGAUAAUUUUUCUGACCGCCUUCCUGCUAGAGAUUCGCAAGAUUUGACAAGAAACAAUAAAAGAAAACCGAGCAUUGUUACUGUGGCAAGCAUUGCUAGUUGUGGGUUUAUAGUUUUCAUGUUGUUGUUGCUAAUGAUUUGGAGUAACAAAUUCAAGUGUUGUGGUAUGCUGCCAUUACAUGGAAGCCAAGGCAGUGGUGGUGGAGUUAUAGCAUUUAGAUACAAUAGUUUAGUUCAUGCUACUAAAAAUUUCUCAGAAAGACUGGGUGGUGGUGGUUUUGGUUCUGUAUUCAAGGGAGUGUUAGGUGACCAGACUAUGAUAGCAGUGAAAAAGCUUGAUGGUGCCCGUCAGGGAGAGAAGCAGUUUAGGGCUGAGGUGAGCUCAAUUGGAUUGAUCCAACACAUCAACCUAGUUAAACUGAUUGGUUUCUGCUGUGAAGGUGAUAAGAGGCUACUUGUGUAUGAACACAUGUCAAAAGGGUCUCUCGAUUCCUAUCUAUUUAAGAGCAAUGCUUCCGUCAUAAAUUGGAGCACUAGGUAUAAAGUAGCCAUAGGAGUUGCUAGAGGAUUAUGCUACUUGCAUCAAAGUUGCCGCCAAUGCAUCAUACACUGUGACAUUAAGCCAGAAAACAUACUUCUAGAUGCAUCAUUCGUUCCUAAGAUUGCAGACUUUGGGAUGGCAGCAAUUGUAGGAAGGGAUUUUAGCAGAGUUCUAACCACAUUCAGAGGAACCGCAGGGUAUCUUGCCCCAGAGUGGCUUAGUAGAGUUGCUAUUACACCAAAGGUUGAUGUCUAUAGCUUCAGUGUGGUACUGCUUGAAAUCAUAUCAGGAAGGAGGAAUUCACUAGAAGUAUAUAGCAGCAACAGUUGUCAUGUUGCAUAUUUCCCAGUUCAAGCAAUCGGCAAGCUUCAUGCAGGAGACAUAGGAAGCUUGGUGGAUCCACGGUUGCAAGGUGACUUUGAUUUGGAAGAGGUUGAAAGGGUUUUCAAAGAUGCAUUUUGGUGUAUUCAAGAUAAUGAGUUUGAUCGUCCAACAAUGGGUGAAAUGGUUCGGGCUCUUGAGGGUCUCCAGGGGCUUGAUAUGCCCCCAGUGCCAAGACUACUUGUAGCUAUAACUGAACCUUCUCAUGCGGCUUGA